UUGAGCUCUGAAGUUCACGAGAAUGCAGUCCUAAAGAUGUACCCAUUUGUGUUCCAGGUAGAAAAAAUUUCGGUCAGACUCAAAGAGGUUUUCAACGAUUCCCUUCAAGGUGCUACGUGGAUGGACACAGAAAAUAAAAUGAAGGCUCUACAAAAGUUGCAAAAAAUGGUUGCGAAAAUUGGUUAUUCCCCAUGGCUACUGAACACGACCGUUCUUCAACACCUUUACAAAUACGUACCUAGCUUUAACCAAAGCACUUCAUUUCUGAAAAUGAUGUACCUUACAAAUGAAAACAACGACAUAAUAAUGAUGGAAAGAUUGCGCCAGGAAUAUGACACAGACUCAGACUGGCAUUUAAGCUUCUCAACUGUGACAACACAUUACGAUCCAAGCAGCAAUGAAUUCGUGUGUCCAAUGGCUGGCAUGCAAAGUCCAUUUUACCAGUUUGGUCUUCCUUGGUCUCUGAACGUGGGAGCGAUCGGAAGUGUAAUUGCGCAUGAAAUGACCCAUGGUUUUACUGGAAGAGGAAGUUACUACGAUGCUGAUGGUAGGCCUCGACCAAUAUGGCCAAAUUCCAAAUACAAGACGAAAACAGAAUGCUUCGUGCAGCAAUACGAGAAAAUUACUGAUGAAGAAACAAAUAUACCGAUCAACGGAACGCAAACUCUGGACGAGAAUAUUGCCGACAACAGCGGCCUGGAACUUGCAUAUGCGGCAUACAGAAGAAUGGUGGAGGAGGACUGCGACAACACCACUACCACUUUAGAAUCGUUACCAGACUUCACAGGGCCACAACUGUUUUUUAUUGGUAAUGCAAUGUCGUGGUGCAGCGUCGUAAAGGCCGGCUCCUUCCGACGUCCAGUACCAUACAUGCGCUACAGCCCGAGCAAAUACAGGGUGAACCUGCCAAUGCAAAACCUACCAGAAUUUGCCACCGCUUUCAACUGCUCCAGUGAAUCAGCAAUGUACAAGAAUUCUACUGAAACGUGUAGCCUAUGGAGACCAACGCUAACAACGGAAUGAAAGACAACAGACCAACUUUAAGCAAAAUCAUCCGUCAGCAAAUAAAAAUAAAAUAUGUCUUCCGAA